AUGAAUAAUAUCAAAAAUGAUAAUGAUAAUUAUUCAACAGAAUACUCGAGUGACUUGGAUUAUGUUACCGAAGAAUACUAUGUUGAAAUCGUUACACUAACAAUUUGUCUAUCUUUCACAGAUGUAGGUUCACCUAAUGGUGGUUUUAAAUUAAGUAAUAGCUUAGAUCAAUUUGAUAUAAAUACAUCAUUGAAAUAUUUAAGAUCUGAUCCAGUAUCAUCAUAUUUAGAAAAUGUAAAUAAUAUUUCAAAAGGAUACUUAACUAAUGUUGCUAGAUCUGAAUAUGGUCUUUCGUUAUCAGAUCCAUUGGGAAAUUUUAAAUUAGAUCCAAAUGCAUCAUAUUUAGAAAAUGUAAAUAACAUAGCAAAAGGAUACUUAAGUGACACUGCUACGUCUGGUCUUGGUCUUUCGUUAUCAGAUGUAAAUUCUUCUAUUGAUGGUAUUCGUGGGCUAGAUGAAAUUGAUAUAAAUACACCAUUGGGAAGUAUUAAAAUUGAUCCAAACGUAUCAUCUUUAGAAAAUCUAAAUAACAUAGCAAAAGGAUACUUGAGUGACAUCAUGACAUCCGUACUCAGUCGAUCUUCACCAGAUACAGAUAGUUCAGCUUAUUCUGAUGGUACAACUGUGCUUUUAGCAGGUCAAAUUAAUGCAGGUGCAACUAUUGGAAGAGAUGGUUUAAAAGCAAAUGCUCAAGCAGAUGGAUCUCUUGCUAAACAUAAAUUAGGAGAUGCUGAUAUUAGUAUUGGUCAAGGACAAGCUUAUGCAACAGCAUCCAUAGGAGCUGAUGGAGUAAAGGUUGUAGCUGGUGGAGAAAUAAAUGCUCUAACUGUAGAUCAUGAUAAGAUUCAAGCAAAAAUUGGAUUAAGUGUUAAAACUGGAGUUGAAGUAUCUACAACAAAUUUUAAGGGAACUGUUGUUGGAGUUGGAUUAAAUAUUGGAACAGAUGGAGUUGGUAUAAGUAUACCUUUUGGAAGUAUAAACUUAAAACGUUAG